AAAAAUGGCCACACUGCUCGUUAAGAUGACAACAAUUACAAUACUCCUCUUUAUUUGGAUAAUUUUAUUCAAUGACGUUACCAGCGACUGUGGCUGCCAAAAGUUCGACCGGAAGACCACGGAUACGCGGUCCAUUUCCGGACAAGUGUGCCAGAAACGAGCACAGGGUGCACACAGCCACUACCGGGAUUACUAUGGCGAACUGGAGCCAAAGAUUGCGGACAUGUCACUUCUUCCGGGAGGCACGGUUUACAUGGGCACCGACAAACCGCAUUUUCCGGCCGAUCGCGAGGGUCCGGAAAGGCAGGUCAAGCUGAAAGACUUCUACAUCGACAAGUACGAGGUUUCCAACGAAGCUUUUGCGAAGUUUGUUCUGCACACCAACUACACCACGGAGGCUGAGCGAUAUGGCGACAGUUUUCUGUUCAAGAGCCUUUUGAGCCCAUCCGAGCAGAAGAACCUAGAGGACUUCCGAGUGGCGAGCGCUGUCUGGUGGUACAAAGUGGCCGGCGUGAACUGGCGACGUCCAAAUGGCGUGGACAGCAAUAUAGACCACUUAGGCCGACACCCGGUAGUGCACGUAUCGUGGCGCGAUGCUGUGGAGUACUGUAAGUGGGCCGGCAAGCGGUUGCCCAGCGAGGCGGAGUGGGAGGCGGCUUGCAGGGGCGGCAAGGAGCACAAACUGUUUCCCUGGGGCAACAAGCUGAUGCCAAGGAACGAGCAUUGGCUGAACAUCUGGCAGGGAGACUUUCCCGAUGGCAACCUGGCUGAAGAUGGGUUUGAGUACACCAGCCCGGUGGAUGCCUUCCGACAGAAUAUGUACGACCUGCACAACAUGGUGGGCAACGUGUGGGAGUGGACGGCAGAUCUGUGGGACGUAAAUGACGUUAGCGAUAAUCCAAAUCGGGUCAAGAAGGGCGGUUCUUAUCUGUGUCACAAGUCUUACUGCUACAGGUACAGGUGCGCUGCACGCUCACAGAACACAGAAGACAGCUCGGCCGGUAACCUGGGUUUUCGGUGCGCCAAGAAUGCGUGAGUUGUCAUCGUGUCAUUCCGCACAGCUCUUUCUCCUUUUAUAAUAUAUUUAAUACAAAUACAUCAAAUUAGCCGAAUAUAAA